AUGGCGCUUUUGACACCUUUUGUCCUUUUUGGACUGUUGCAGUUUGUUGACGCUGCGGCGACGAAAUCUUCUGCCCCGAAGAUAAGCUGGGGAGAAUGUCCGACUGGAAUUCCACCGGGUGUUGACUGUGGAAAGAUCAAUGUCCCUCUUGCAUACCAAAGUGGGAAUUCUACGUCUGCCAAGGGAGACGAUACAGUUGAGCUGGUCUUCACCCGCUUGAACCAUACUGGCAAAGGCGAAAAACAUGGUGUUCUGUUCUUCAACACUGGUGGACCUGGUGCCUCUGGAGCCGUCACCGUCGCUGGAUCACCAUACGUCCCGGCGAUCUCUUUCUCGGAUGAGCUUCGUGAUACCUACGAUAUCAUCGGUCUCGAUCCCCGUGGUGUUGGUGUGAGCAGUCCUGUAAAAUGCGAUCCCAAGGCCUUCAAUAAACGGGUCAAGACUUUCGUCACUACAGAUGAAGAAUACGAUGCGCUGUUCAACUACAGUCGAAGCGUGGGUGAGAGCUGUGCCAAUCUCACUGGUCCUCUUAUCAAACAUCUCGACUCUGUCCAUGUUGCAAAGGACCAUGAAGUCGUACGCAAAGCUCUUGGCCUUGAAAAAUUCAACUACCUCGGUCUCUCAUACGGUACACUCCUCGGGGCAACAUAUGCAUCUCUAUUCCCAAAAUCAGUGGGCCGCAUGGCUCUCGACGCAAACGUGGACCACUCCCAGUCCGAGAUAGCAACCCUCCUCGCUGAAGCUACCGCCUACGAGACUGUCCUCGACCAAUUCUUCAAAUGGUGCGAUAAGAACUCAACAUGCGCUCUUCACGGGAAGAACGCCAGCCGCAUCUGGGAUGAAACUCUCGCUCGCGCUGAUUCUAAGGCCAUUCCUGCACCUGGCUGCAACGGGACAUGUCGCUCUGACGUGACCGGUGAAGAAAUUCGAUACAAUGCACAAGAGCUUCUUACCUUUGUUGAUCUGGACUUUGGCUCAGGGUCUACGUGGGCUGCUCUCGGAGACGCUAUUCUUCAAGCUAGCAAGGGUAACGCCACUGCGCUGUCGACUUCAACUCCCAGUGGUAAAGUCGUCAAUGAUCCGAGCGGUUCCCCAUAUAGUUACCUUGCCAUCGGAUGUCAAGAUUGGUUGCACAAGUCCAAGACUUCAGUGGACUUGCGCCAGAAGCUCAUCAACGCUGUCACAUUCGCGCCAAGAACAAGGGGUGCCACACAGACGUAUUACUAUGAGAGUACAUGCAUCGGUUGGCCUGCACCGUUGACGAAUCCACAGGGGCCUUUGGCAGAUGGUAUCAAGGAUGCUCCUAAUAUUCUGAUCGCGGCUUCGGUGUACGAUCCUGAGACCAGCAUUACCUGGGCCGAGGGGGUGAGAGAGCAGUUGACGAAUAGAGUGAGCAUUACGAGGAAUGGAGCUGGACACACGAGUCACUAUCUUGGAGGUGAUACUAGUAAGGCUAUGGAUAGGUAUUUGGCCACUGGAAAGCUGCCUAGAGAUGGCACAGUCUACAGGACUUGA